AAAAACGCCGACUUUCUAAUCAAAUUAGGAAUGGAGAGGAAAUAGGUGUACCGCUUACAAACCCAAGAAAGCCAUGGUGUAUUUGUCAACUUCAGACUCAUUUGAAAUCUAAUUGCAUUAAAUCGAGGAAAUCUGCGCUGUGUCGAAAAUCGUAGGUUGAAGAGAGAACUUGUGACAUUUUUGAAAUUAUUGAACAGCUGUUAAGAGUGAUUCUGGUUCUGCUUGUGAAAUCGUAAAGCAAUAUGGAUCCAGUUGAGGUAGACAAGAAGGAUAAUGUGGGAAUGAAGUUUGCAGAGGACGAAAAUGGCAAAAGUAUGGAUGUUGACAUCGUGAACUUGGCCGCGGAAAGCAGCGAUGAAUCGGUCGAAAUAGGGCAUAUUGAUCGUCGCAAAAUAAUAACAAUAGCCAAUGAGGACUUCGUUCAAGUGGCCGAGCAAGAGGGUGAUAAUCCAAUCGAGUUGCCGGCUGAAGAAGACGGUACACUGUUAUUAUCGACACUCCAGGCACAAUUUUCUGGCAGCUGCGGUCUUCAGUACCGGAAUAUGGAUACGAAGGCUGUGCGUGGUAUUCGAUCGAACCAGGAUAGACUGUUUCCGCCAAACGGGGCGUCCUCCUGGGGAGAAAAUGUAUAUUUCUGUGUAUUUCCCAAAGAAAUUAAGCGGAAAAGAGACGACGAUCUGGUAUCCACGGCAGUGAAAGCAAAACGCAUCGAAAGUGGACGCUGCAUUGACUUGAUUGUUUUGGGACUGUCUUGGGAAACCACUGAGAAUCGCCUGAGGAAAUAUUUUCAGAAAUAUGGUGAAGUGACUAUGGCUAAUAUAAAGACGGAUUAUAGGUCCGGACAUUCAAGGGGAUUCGGGUUUAUUCGAUUUGCCUCGUAUGAAACUCAAAAGCUAGUUCUUUCCACUUCUCGACACCUCAUUGAUGGGCGCUGGUGUGAAAUAAAAGUUCCAAAUGCAAAGGGAAACAACACUUCCAAUAAGGUGUUUGUUGGUCGCUGUACCGAGAAUAUAAGUUCCAAUGAUCUUCGUGAAUACUUCUCCAAAUUCGGAGAAGUCAGUGAUAUCUAUAUUCCUCAGCCAUUCAGAGCCUUUAGCUUUGUCACCUUUUUCGAUGCCGAUGUCGCCCAGUCUCUUUGCGGGGAAGACCACAUAAUAAAAGGUGUUUCGGUAAAUGUUUCUAAUGCCAUCCCUAAACAUGAUCAAUACAAUCAAUACAGAGGCUCCCGAAGCCCAGUUGAGCAAUCCUUCAACUAUUAAAUAGCUGAUGGGUCUAUCCGUAAAUCUAAAAAUGAUCUGCUAUAGAGUACAAAUAUUUCAACACACCAGCACACUCGAGAGUAAACAAGAAGUUGAAGUUAAUUUUAAGUUUAUCUGAUAGAUAUGUAUUCACAAACGAACAAAGCGACGCAUAAUUAUGUAUGUAGUACAUACAUAUAGCACAUCAAUAUUGUGAAUUACAAUUCGACUUCCAAUAUAAUGCUCACAAUCAGCAUUAAACCUAGUUUUAAAUUUUGAAAUAACGCGCUCUAUGCCAUUUGAACCACGCGCCACCUAUUAACAUUUUCAAACGGACCGAAAUUUCCCAACUGAGCGCUGUUGUCCUCAAUAAACUGAACCCACUAUUAUCCUGCAAGGAAAAAUACGAGAAAUAGAUGGCGCUUUUGUUACCCCCACCCCC